AUGCAGCUGCUAAAAAGCCAGGAGAAGCAGAUGCUCUCGCCGGGCUCGCGCCUGCAGGAGCAGACCCUGGGGCAGCGACAGCUCAACAGCGGCGGUGCGGAGGCCGUGCAGAAGCAGCGGCAGGGAGCGGUGGCGGCGGCGGGUGCUGGCGGCUCGGGCGAAUCCGGUCGCAGGCAAGCGCAACGGGCAGGCAAGAAGACCGCGCGCAGGACGGCGGGCGCCGAGGCGGCUGCAGGCAGGGUUGAACCGCUGGCGGCGAGCAGCGGCGCCGCCAAGCCGUCUGUUGCAACGAAAAAGCAGCCUGUAGCUGCUGUGGCGCGCAGCAGGUCCAAGGCCACGGGCGCUGUUGCGGACGUGGCAGAGGACACGAACGUCGGCCCCACCGCCACCGAGGGUGCCGCAGGCGCCGCGGGCCCACGCAAGCGCGGCGCAAGCGCAGCCCCAGACGGCGAGCGCGCGGCCAAGACCGCAAAGCCGCUGCAACCGAAGAAAGCGCGGCAGCGGGUGCGGGGUCCUGCACGGGGCGACGAGCAUGAAGAGGCGGAGCGGCAGGCGGCGGCCUCUCAGGUGGCGGGGGCCGUUGAGUGUCUGGUAGCGUGGCGCUCGGGCGGCAACGGCAGGCCGGAUGUUGGCCAGGAAGAGGCCAGCGGCGUCGAAGAAGGGGAAGCGGACGAGCAGGAGAGAUACGCGCGCAGCAGGAGCGCCGUCGGCAGGGCCGCCGCUGCGAAGGCCAGCGUUGGCACUGGCAAGGCUGCAGCCGUUCGGAAGGCCUCUGGACCCGGUCAGGUGCGGCUGCGCCUUCCUCAGGAACAGCAGCAGCAGCAGCAGCAGCAGCAGCAGCAGCAGCAGCAGCAGAAGAAGCAGCAGAAGCAGCAGGAAGAGCAGGUGGAGGGACAGCAGCAGCAGGAAGAACAGGAGAAGCAUGCGCAGGAGGAGGAAGAGCAGGGGAUGGAAGAGGAAGAGCUGCCUGCAAGGGGGCGCGCCCGUGGAAAAGGCGCCACGCGGGCCUCCAAGCCUGCUGCGCGGGUGUGCACCUCAGCCAAGGGCAAGGCCCCCACUCGCCAGAAGCGCAAACAGCCAGAGGGGGAGGAGCAGCAGCAGCCGCGGGCGGAGGAUCUGCGGCGGCAGGAGGCGCAGCAGCGAAUUGAGCAGCAGCAGGAACAGCAGCAGCGGGAGGAGCAGCAACAGCGGGAUCAGCAGCAGCCGCAGGAAGAGGAGCGGCCGCACAAUCAUGACUCAGACGCUGCGAAACAGAGGCGGCGGCCGGAGCAGUGCCGGCAGCAGCAGCAGGACAAGCCUCGGCAAGCAGUAGAGCCGCCGCAAGCAGGCGAGCAGCAGCUGGAGCAGGAGGAUCAGCAGGAGCUGGAGCAGCAGCAGCAGCAGCAGCAGCAGCAGCAGGAGGUGCAAAUCAGCAGCGGCAGCGGCGGCAGCAGCAGCAGCAGCAGCAGCAGCUCCUGGUUGAAGGCGGCGUGGAGGAUGCGCACCCUGCGGGAGCAGCAGCUGGCGCGCCAGCAGCAGCUGCUGCAGGAGCAGCAGCGGCUGCGGGCGCCGGUGAUGGCCGCAGCGGCGGCGCCGCAGCCGCUUGCGCCUGCGGAAGAGGUGAUGCGGGGCCUGCAGCAGCAGCAGGAGGCGGCGGCGGCGGCUGCGGCGAGCGAGGCGAAUGAUUGGUCGCGGGAGCAGCAGGAUGCGUUGCAGGCUGCGUACUGCCAGGUGGCCCCCACCCACCCCUGCUUCUGGGCAGAGGUUGCCGCGCGCGUCCCUGGCCGCAGCGCGGCCGAGUGCUUCUCGCGGAUCUUCGAAUCCGUCAGAUCACCCCAGGGCCGCGCGCCGAAGCGGCGCGCGCCGCCCGGCGCUGGCGCUGGCGCGGGCGCCGCGGCGCUGCUUCCGCCCGGCACCAAGAAACCCAGUGUCGCCGCAGCCCGCAAGCUGGCGCGCGGCCUGCAGCAGCAGGCACGCCUGGACCGCGCUGCGGGCGCCCCGCCCGCCGCGGCGCCCGGGCGCGCGGGCGGCGACGGCGGCAGCGGCGAGGAGGACGGCGGGUACGUCACCAGCUUCCUGCGCCGCAGGGGCGGGUGGAUCAAGUACCAAAAGCAGCAGGCCCAGGGCCACACCGCGCAGCAGCCGCAGCCCCACGCUGCGGCCCCCCAGCAGUUGCCACCCGUGCACCGGCCGAAGCAGCCCGGCGCGCCGCCCCACCGCGGCGGCGCCGCCGCCGGCCUGGGCGCGGCGGCUGCGGUGCCGCGCGUCAGGCUGACGCAUGCGAUUGGCGCGGCGCUCGGCGGCGCCGGCAGCGGGGCGGUCGGCGGUGGGCGGGGCGGCGCGAUGGAGGAGGAAGACGAGGAUGACGAGGCGGCGAACGGGAUGCAGGGCGGCGGCGGCGGCUACGGCGAUGCGGACGGCGGCGCAUAUGAUGGCGCGGGCGGUGGUGGCGGCAGGGAUUACUACUUUGACGAGGAGGAGGAGGUGGAUGACGAGGACCUGCUGGCAGCUGCCAUGGCGGGGUACGAUUGA